GACACAGAAUCUUUUUAAAGACGGCAGAUACGACUCAGAGGGGCAUUGAGGGAAGAAGAAACGGGGAGACCGAGACGUUCCACGAAAGAGAAAGGAGCAGAGAAUGUCCAGAGCUGACUGGUCCUUCCUGGAGCACCUACUGGAGGAGGGCCAGGAGUAUUCGACAGGCAUCGGCCGGGUCUGGCUCACCGUUCUCUUCCUGUUUCGCAUGCUGGUGCUCGGUACAGCGGUCGAGUCGGCCUGGGACGACGAGCAAGCGGACUUCGUCUGUAACACGCGACAACCGGGCUGCACGGCCGUCUGCUACGACAAAGCCUUCCCCAUCUCCCAUUUUCGCUAUUUUGUCCUCCAAGUCAUCUUCGUCUCCACACCGACCAUCUUCUACUUUGGAUACGUGGCGAUACGGUCCGGGAAGGAAGAAGUCGGGAUCGAGGAAGGCAAGCAGGUGGAAGAAGGAGAGAGCAAAAAUGUGUCAAAACAUAAUGAGAAGCACAACAAGGGAGCUGCUAGCAAAGUUUGCAUAACUCAGAGGAGCCCACCUGAAGCUCCAAAACUAAAAGGCAAAUUGUUAUGUGCGUACACGUUCAGCAUUCUUCUAAAAGUUCUCCUAGAGGUCGGCUUCAUCCUGGGGCUGUGGUUCCUUUAUGAUGGCUUCCUGAUCGAAGCAAAGUUCGAGUGCGUAGGCUUCCCCUGCCCUCACACGGUGGACUGCUUCGUCUCGCGGCCCACAGAGAAGACCAUCUUCACCAUCUACACUCAGGCCAUCGCCGCCGUCUCCUUGCUGCUCAACCUCGUCGAGUUGCUGCACCUGCUUCAGCUUGCGAUUUCCCACCGGCUGAAGACACGAUACCAGUCCCAGGGCCAAGUGUACCCACCACCGUCCGAGCAGGCGGCAACCGUGGCCCGACGGGAGGCCCCGGAGACCCGAGAAGAGACACCAGAGUCCUACGACGAGAGCCUACCGGUGCCAAGCCAGGCUACAGGCUACACGAACCCCUGUGAAAGCUUUGGCGAUCUGGCCAUAACGGUCAACUGGGAAGCCGCAGAGGCCGGGAGUGAUGUGCUUCCUAGUUAUGUGAACUGCAUGGAGGCUAUGAGAACAUCACGUUCGCCCCGGAACCACUAUGGAGAAAAGGCCAAGAACAACCAUAGGGGAGUUUCAAAACAGAAGCACUAUGUCUAACUGAAGCGCGAUGAAAGCUGGUUUGUUAUUUUUCUAAAUGCUUCUUUGCACAUGACACUGGAGUAAAAGAGGUGCCUAAUAAGAGCUCAAAUAAUUGACAAGAGUUGUACUGUGAACCCAAUGCCUGGGAGGCAACAACACAAUUCAAACAAACAUUGGCCUGAUAACGGACCAAUUUUGGCAGAGACUCCCUGAGGCUACCAAAGAUUCUACUUUACGAUCAUGAGAUACUUUCUUGUUACAGUAGCUUCAAUAUGUUUGUGAGAAAACAUUGUGUUGAGGGCGCUUGUUGUUAUGUGAGCAUUUAAGAGAGCAGGGCAGUACAUCGGCAAUAAAUAAAUACAUUCCCUUGAGGUCUUCGCUGUCACCACUGGAGCGCUUCUCAGUCCGCACGAUGGAAUGUUCUCGUAUCAGCUGUGCUCCCAAGAGGAUAACAGCUGUGCGUAUACACGCAUGCAAGCAUGUACACGUACUGUUUGAUUCCCAUUUCACCCAGUCACAUUCGAUGACUUGGAUUAGGGGGCCAGGGGGUAGAUGACAGAAGGGGGAACCAAACUAUGGACCUCUUGAGGAUUUUGAAUGGCUCACUACAAUGCAAAAAUCGUAUCAAUAGUAUCGGACCCAUGGACCACUGAAUAGCCUCCAGUUGGAAAAAAAAGCUUGAAAUGAGUCUGACUGCAAACUAGAUGGACUAAAGCUGGUACAGAAGGUGCAAAAUCAGUGAAAUAUGUAUUUAUAUCAAAUGUAUCAAUUGCUGUUACUAUUUAUUGUACUGAGGAAAAUAAAGU